GGGGGCAGAGCGCCUGUCCACACUGGUGACGAAUGGCAGGGGCAAACAUUCUGCAGUCUGACGAAUCUGCUUGCCCUAUACACAAAAUUAACAUCACACCAUGUCUAUAUGCGUUUAAUAAUUGACAAGUGGCCACUUGCGACCGUUAGCCUUAUCGUCAUGCGCGUGGUUUAUUCUUCUGUUAUACUAUUUGCCGGUAAUUGGCCACGAUCACGCAAUUCCGAGAGAUCUGACGCUUGCUGCGAUAUUAUCUUCCCCGCAUGGUCUGACUUCCAUGGAUUAGAAAUCGGAUCAAGGUACAAAAUCUUAAGGUUAUACUCUUUUAACGAACACUUACCUAGGGAUCAAGGAGAAAGUUACAAUGGUUGGGAUGUUACGCGUUGUGAUUAAGAACCACGUUUAUCCACAACACCCACGCUAUACAUAGGCAGGAGGUAUACAACCGAGAGAAGAUAUCCUGAAUCUAAUAAGCGAACUUCAGAAUAAGGCGUCAUUUUAAUGCCGGUAUCGUCAUAUAUUUCUGGAGCCAAUCAGCACCAGAGGGCACGAGUAAGAUGUCUAUGAGAGACUGAUAUAAGGAAUGCAAUAACCCCCCAUCCUAGCUCCGAGCAAGUCAUUCAAAGCUCAGGAAAGAAUUAUACAAAGCCUGUCACAAUGCCUGUUGAAUUUAUUAGUCUGACGUUUCCGAACGCCUCCACCGAGAUCAAGCCAAUUCCCAAUGUCACGAUCGAUCCAGAAUAUCUGGAGCGCUACGCGCGAAACCUAGAUGACUAUGGAUUCAACUACACAUUGGUGCCUUACGACUCCUCCUACUUCGAUCCCUGGACGGUAGGAGCCACGAUCGCCGCCAAGACAAAGAACAUCAAGAUUAUCAUUGCUCUCCGGCCCAACACGUUGUAUCCCACCGUGGCAGCCAAGGCCCUCGCGACACUGGACCAACUCAGCUCCGGUCGUGCAGUGGUCCACUUCAUUGCCGGAGGCAGUGAUGCCGAGCAAGCAAAGGAAGGUGACUUCCUGACCAAGGAGCAACGGUAUGCCCGUCUGGAGGAGUAUAUCCGAAUUCUCCGCCGGGCGUGGGAAUCGCCAGAUCCAUUUGACUGGGAUGGCGAAUACUACAAGUUUAAGCAGUUUUCUAACAAAGUGCGUCCUACAAAUGGGACGAUCCCUGUCUCUGUUGGCGGAUCUUCCGACGAUGCGUAUCGGAUCGGAGGUGCACUAGCCGAUAUCUUUGGCCUUUGGGGAGAACCCUUGAAAGAAACCAAGGAGCAAAUUGACAAAAUCUAUGCCGCAGCCGAAAAGGCUGGUCGGUCAGACCGGCCACGUAUCUGGGUGACCUUCCGACCCAUCAUCGCGGAGACCGAAGAGCUGGCCUGGGCGAAGGCGCACCGUACCCUGGAUGCGCUUCAGGCAAACCGACCCGGCGGCCAGAGUAACGCGCCUUCUCAGCCACAGAACGUUGGGUCCCAGCGGCUGUUGGAUAUUGCAGCCCGUGGUGAGGUGCACGAUCGCGCGCUUUGGUAUCCGACCGUUGUAGCCACAAACGCUCGGGGUGCGUCCACUGCGCUGGUUGGGUCUCACCAGACGAUUGUGGACUCGAUCUUGGACUAUGUUGACUUGGGCGCGGAGCUGAUUUCCAUCCGUGGGUACGACAACCUCAACGACGCGAUCGACUAUGGGCGGUAUAUUCUGCCACCAGUCCGUGAGGCACUGCAGGAGAGGGGAGUGAAGUCUACGGCUUAGUUGCGGAAUGCGCAAUGUUGUAGCUGUGAUUGAGGUAGCUCGAGCUCUUAUCUUGGAAGUGCUUGAACUAUACUGUGCCCCGUGGCCCGCCUUUCAAGGUGAUGUAAAUUUUACUUAGUUAAACUGGGAAUUGGACUCAGGGAAAGACUCGUUGAUCGAUACCCGAUAGAGAGUAUAUGAAGCUGAUAUCGGCCAAGUUGUACCUGUCCAGCAAUGGCCUUAGAAAUAAACCAUAUUUGGAAGCCCUUUGUAAACGAAACACAGUCGUUCUAGUACAGUAACCCUGGGAUAGGACGA